AUGAUGCAAAUGAUGUCGUUGCAUGUCUUUGAUCAGGCAUACCCCGUGGAUUUCCCGUCACGCCAACGCCUUUCACCUCUCCUGUCGCGCGAAGCCCUUCGUCGAAUUGCAUGGGCCACGUUCUAUCUGGACUCAAUGACUGAUGGUGGUCGAUAUGGCUCCCAGACAACCGAUGAACGCGCAUACCGCAUCCAGCUGCCCUGCGACCAGGAGAGUUUCCUGGGGGACGACCAUGCACUAACAGAGCCCUUGAUCCCUGGGGAUAUUAACACUGCACAAAGUAUGAGGGACGGUGUACCGCAUGCGUCCCUUGACAUGUCAGCAUACCUACUACGCACGGCGGCGGCUCGUCGUCGCGGACUUCACUUUGCCUACCGUGCCUCAUACCAGGAACAUACAGUCGAACAGCUAUCUUCGGAUCUAUUGCUACUAAAGGAGGACUUGGGGUCCGUCUUUGCUGACUUACCGCGUCGCUUUCAGUUUAAUCCCGAUAACCUGAUUCUUCACCGUGACCGACUGCCAAUGUUCAUUUUACUGCAUAUUUUGCGACGUAACCUGUUCAUUAUUUUGGGCCGUGCUGCAUUACAAAUCUACCUACGAGAUCAUUCAAAGAUAGAGCUGGUAUAUGACGUUCGCCGCAGCCGAAUAUCGCAUGCUCUUGCUGUCUCGGACUUGGUGGCUGCCGGCCUGAAGGAGAACAUCACCUUUGACCCACAUAUCGGUAUACAGGCCUAUGUCGCUCUCGAGAGUACAGACGCCGCAGAGUUUGAUUUCCGAGACAUGCGAGGAGCCAAAUUGGAACGCUUGAGCAAACGCAAAAGGACAGCCAGUGAUACUGCAAUCAAUGCCACCCACGAUGAAGUUCUACUAGACGACUCAUUGAGUCAAGGGACUUCCAGCCGCUCGACUGCCUCUCCUCAACCAGCAGCUUUGGGCGUUAAUAACCCCCAAACGGAUGUUCCUGAAAACCGUCAUUCCACUGGAGAAACCCCUAGUGCUCCCUCUAUUCAAAUGGGAGACUAUGGUAUAUUUCAAGAUGGGCAACAAUGGAGAGAGCUCGUAGAGCCCGGUAACACAGACCAUCUGUUUUCAUCGCUCAGCUGGCUCUGGCCGUUUGAUGAAUGGAGUGAUCAGAUUGCGCCACCGACUGGUCCGCCGGGGUUUAUCUAG